UCGACUGUUCCUAAUUUCCUGUUUUUUUCCUCCAGAUGGUCGAGGAGACGAUGAGCGAGGAGGUGGAGACCUUCGCGUUCCAGGCUGAGAUCGCUCAGCUGAUGUCCCUGAUCAUCAACACCUUCUACAGCAACAAGGAGAUCUUCCUGCGAGAGCUGAUCUCGAACUCGUCCGACGCCCUCGACAAGAUCCGCUACGAGUCCCUGACGGAUCCUUCCAAGAUCGAGAGCGGGAAGGACCUCUUCAUCAAGCUGGUGCCCAACAAGGAUGACAGGACGCUCACCAUUAUUGACAGCGGCAUCGGCAUGACCAAGGCCGACCUGGUCAACAACCUUGGCACCAUCGCCAAGUCGGGCACCAAGGCCUUCAUGGAGGCGCUGCAGGCUGGCGCCGACAUCUCGAUGAUCGGUCAGUUCGGCGUGGGCUUCUACUCCGCCUACCUGGUGGCCGACAAGGUGACGGUCGUGUCCAAGAACAACGACGACGAGCAGUACAUCUGGGAGUCGUCUGCUGGAGGCUCUUUCACCGUGCGCCACGACACUGGCGAACCCAUCGGCCGCGGCACCAAGAUCACCCUCCACCUGAAGGAGGACCAGACGGAGUACCUGGAGGAACGGCGCGUGAAGGAGAUCGUGAAGAAGCACUCUCAGUUCAUUGGCUAUCCCAUCAAGCUCCUCGUCGAGAAGGAAAGGGACAAGGAAGUCUCAGACGACGAGGAAGAAGAGGCGACCGAGAAAGAGGGCGAGGACGAGGACGACAAGCCGAAGGUCGAGGACGUGGGCGAGGACGAGGACGCCGACAAGAAGGGCGAGGACAAGAAGAAGAAGAAGACGGUGAAGGAGAAGUACACGGAGGACGAGGAGCUGAACAAGACGAAGCCCCUGUGGACGCGCAACCCCGACGACAUCUCGAAGGAGGAGUACGGCGAGUUCUACAAGUCGUUGACCAACGACUGGGAGGACCACCUGGCCGUGAAGCACUUCAGCGUGGAGGGGCAGCUGGAGUUCCGCGCCCUGCUUUUCCUGCCGCGCCGCGCCCCCUUCGACCUGUUCGAGAACCGCAAGCAGAAGAACAAGAUCAAGCUGUACGUGCGUCGCGUGUUCAUCAUGGAGAACUGCGAGGAACUGAUCCCCGAGUACCUGAACUUCAUCAACGGCGUGGUUGACUCUGAAGAUCUGCCCCUGAACAUUUCCCGAGAAAUGUUGCAACAGAACAAGAUCCUGAAGGUUAUCAGGAAGAAUCUCGUAAAGAAGACCCUUGAACUCUUCGAAGAAAUCGUUGACGAUAAGGAAAGCUACAAGAAGUUCUACGAGAACUUCUCCAAGAACCUCAAACUUGGAAUCCACGAAGAUUCCACCAACAGGAAGAAAUUGGCUGAAUUCCUGAGGUACCACACCUCCGCCUCAGGGGAUGAGAUGUCCUCCCUGAAAGAGUACAUCUCCCGCAUGAAAGAGAACCAGAAAGUCAUCUAUUACAUCACCGGCGAAACCCGCGAACAGGUGCAGAACUCUGCUUUCGUCGAGAGGGUAAAGAAGCGCGGCUUCGAGGUCAUCUACAUGACCGAACCCAUCGACGAAUACUGCGUUCAGCAGCUGAAGGAAUAUGAUGGAAAGCAGCUCGUGUCCGUGACGAAGGAAGGGCUGGAACUGCCCGAGGACGAGGAAGAGAAAAAGAAGUACGAAGAACAGAAGACCAAGUUCGAGAACCUGUGCAAGGUAAUGAAGGACAUCUUGGACAAGCGCGUGGAGAAGGUGGUGGUGAGCAACCGCCUGGUGACCUCCCCUGUGCAUCGUGCGUCGACCAUGGGCUACGCCAAGAAGCACCUGACCACAGCUGAAACCCUAAGACAGAAGGCUGAUGCUGACAAGAACGACAAAUCUGUGAAGGAUCUUGUGAUGCUUCUUUUCGAGAGCUCCCUUCUGUCGUCCGGAUUCAGCCUCGAAGACCCAGGUGUCCACGCCAGCCGCAUCUACAGAAUGAUCAAACUGGGCCUGGGAAUCGACGAGGAGGACACCCCACUGGAAGAAGGGUCAGAGGUCAACGAGGAGGAGAUGCCAGCACUCGAAGGCGACGACGAAGACACGUCUCGCAUGGAAGAAGUCGAUUAAGACCUCGACACGAUCUUAAGGGUCCCGAGUCAGUAGGAAAGUUCUUGGUGUUUAUUGGUUAAGAUCUCCAGAUUCUCGUGUGUUUUGUGUCUUUGAGAUUUUGUGUCUGUUUGUGUGCCAAUCAUAGGUUAAGGGUUUUUUAUUACUCGUGUAUAUAGGGAGCUUUAUACUUUGCACAGAGCUUGUACAUUUUAUACUGUUUAUAAUGUUAAUUCCUUAUUCACUGGUUUCAUCCUGUAGGUUUAUAUUUAUCC